GAGGAAGGGGGCAUCUUUUCAAGCUCCAUAUCUAUCUUGUCAUUCAUUAAAGCGUUAGAUCCGAAUCAAGUUCAACAACAUAAGAGAAUCUGAGAAGAAAUGGUAUUUGUUAGAGUGGUCACCAGGUCUGUAGUCCGUGCUAGACCAACGGUGAGACAAUAUGCCACCGUCCCGCCUACUGGAACACCUCCUAAAAGUGACAACACUCUUUUGUACGCCGCCGCGGCCGUAGGUCUGGCCGGCGUGGGUUACUACUUCUUCGCUGCUGGAGGAGAUAAUGUCGCCAAGGGUAGAGUGGCUCAAGCAGAAGGACACGCCAAGGGAGCGGCUUCUGAGUUGAGCGGAGAAGCUAAAGGAGCAUACAACGAAGCCAAAGGUGAAGUGAACAAAGCGCUCAAGUAGAUCACCUCUUGCAAAUAAGGAAGUAUGAGGAGACAAGAGAGAGGAAGGGAAGAAAUGGAGAACACACGAUCUGUCAGUUUGUAAAGUGUGCAUGAUUGAAGAGAUGGAUGAUAUUUUGAUC